GUUCUCAAUAGACAUAUAUACUCCGCCCUCGCCUCUCUCUCUCCUGGUCUCUCAUUCUCUCUCAUCGUCCCUGUUGCUGCUGCUUGAUAUUGUACCGACAGUGUUGGUGGUUGAUUUCCAUCUUCAUCCGACCUCCUCAGCCCCCGACUAACUGGGUUUGUAGCUUCAGUUGAAACAAGAAAUUAAGACUGCAGGAUCUGAACACAAAGGUGAAUCUGAUUUGUGCCUGAAAAAUGACCAUGCACGCUGUCUUCUUCAAAGAACAUGAUGGGAUUGCCCAAAAUUCCCUCGCCGGUUGGACAGGGAUCGGAUCUCAGCCGGCGCCUUACGGCGGCGAAGCUCUUGUCCAAUCAAAGCUCGCCGCCCUGGAACUUUCUGCCGCCGCGGACUGCCAUUUCGGCGGUGGUGCUAAAGAACCUCAAGAUCAGCCAGGCUUGGGAAAGGGAAAUGUCACUCACUUCACUCUUUUCUCAGGUGAAUGCAAAACUGCUGAAAAUGGAGAGAAAACUCCGCUGCAGACCAUCUCCUCCGUCCAAGCUGCAGCUACCAUGGAUUAUCGAGGCCAUUUCGAGCUUGGAUUUGGCCAACCACUGAUUUGUGCUAAAUAUCCUUAUGCAGAGCAAUGUUAUGGAGUGUACUCAACUUAUGGAACUCAAAUUUCGGGCCGGAUCAUGUUGCCGUUGAGCAUGACUAGUGAUGGAUCAGGGCCGAUUUUUGUGAAUGCGAAGCAGUAUAAUGGAAUCCUCAGGCGCAGAAAGAAGCGAGCUGAGGCAGAGCUUGAGAAUAAAGUCCUCAAACUCCGCAAGCCAUAUCUGCACCUGUCGCGUCAUCUCCAUGCAAUGCGGCGUCCAAGAGGCAACGGUGGCCGAUUCCUCAACACGAAAGAACCGAAAGGUAGCAUUAGCAACGAAAAGAGCAGCCUGAAAAAGGCUGCUGCACAAGAGAAACAGCCCACUGGAUCCCAGAUAUCUGAAGUACUGCAAUCUGAUGGACGGGUUAAUUCGAAGGGAAGGAACAACAGCAGCGGGUCUACUAGUCCAGGUUCAGAGGUCACUAGUGGAUACAUGUUUUCAAGGGCCACAGCUCUAGAUCAUCCCUUUCGGAUUGAUCAUCUCCACCCUUCAUUUCAGUCAUUUCCGAAUGUGGGAAGCAUGGGUACUGCAGGUAAUAAUUACCUCAAAGUCUGAUGAUGAGAGGAGAAUGGAUGGGAUUGGUAUCCUGUUGAUGGAGCGUUCCCGUUCAGUGAUUUGUUCGCUUGGGCAACUCAUUCUUGGCUAUUAUCUACCCUCUCCAGUUUGGAGAAAACAUGUAAGGAAAUAAGAAAUAUAUAUGUAAUAAAUGAAUCGUCGACCCUCCACGUUUGUGUAUGUCUGGCAUGUGGUAUGGGAUGGUUGUUAAUGAAAAUCCUGUAGGGACUAUGUAAGAUCAGUAUGUUUCUGUUGUCAAAAUAAGACCAGAAGAUCGGAGUUUGCUGAUAUUGUCCUUAUGGAACAUUGGCUUGGGUUUGUGUCUUUUGAAGCAUGUAUGAAUAUUGUAGGCUUGUAUACUUGGUAAUUAAUGUGUACUCUUGUUA